UCAGAUACUCCAGUACAUUUUGUUUUUGUAUCUCCGUUUCUUCCCAAGGGUUCUUCUCAAGCAAUGACCACCGAAGCUCGCGGACGGCCGGCGGCGACCGGAGGAAAUAUGCAAAUGGAUGAUGUAGUGGUAACAUCGCCUCCGUCAAAGGAUGUUGAGGCCGCGCAGAAAUCGCUCCGUCAGCGGUGGGAGUUGGCUUCAGUUCUCAACUUUCUUCGUGUUUUUGAACCUGUUAUUGAGAGUGAUAUGAAGAUAACUGCUGAAGAGAUUGAAAUUGCACUCAUUGAACAGAAUAGGACGCUUGCUGAACUUCAUAUAGCGCUUCUGAAGGGAAUUCUCCCAUCUGGAAAAUCACUCAAGGGCCCUGAUGAUUGGAUGAUUGCAGUCAGCAAGACACUGUCAGAAUGGUGGCCUUGGGUUGGUCAAGGGGAUUUUCCUCUAAGUGGAGCAAAAGGGAACGAAAUAUCUCUCUACAAGAAACUUGAUCCAACAAGUCGUCUGCUUGUCCUUAAAGCACUCUGUGAAGUUCGAGCUGAUGAAUAUGAUGCUGUCUCAUAUAUCAAUGAUGCGAUAAAGAAUGGCAGUGCAGCGUCUGAUUUCAGAAAGGACAAGCUUGCAGGCGAUGGAAAUAAAAUUUCUUUCUGGUUUGAGGGGAGUGAAACUAUUGGUUAUAGAUUAUACAAAGAGGUAAAAAGCUUUGAGAAUGAACGAGUCAAAGGCAGAACCAUGUUUCCAAGAAUGAAUUAUCUGUGGGAAACCCUUGCAACAAAUCUAGAAGAAUUUAAAAUCAUUGAGAAUAAAUUUUCAUCUAGUGGAGAUAAAUUGGAGGUUGCCGUCAGUGACUCCAUUGCUGCUGAUAUCAUCCCUCUUCUUGAAAAACAAUUGAAGAAGAAAAUGAGGGCACAUAAACGGAAGCAGAGGGCGCAGAUGCUUUUGAAUGGUUUUCGAAAUUGUGGAAUAACACGAUCUUGCCGCCGCUAUAAUAAGCCUGUUGACUAUACAUUUGAUAAUUAUGACAAGUCCAUUAAAGAAGCCAUACAAUUUGUAAACAAGAAGAGGACAAAAGAAGUGCAAAAUCCGGCAGAGAAUCAGAGCAAGCGUAGAAAAAGAAUGGGAAAUACAUCAGCAUCAUCAUCAUCGAAUUCUGAUGCUACCUUGAUGGAUGGUGAAUGUUGGGAAAGCGAUGAAGAAAGAGAUAAUAAAGAUGGAGAAUAUGAGGUGGAAAAAGAUGACGACAAGGAUGUUAACGUCGAGCAAGGUACUAGGGUAUUAUUAAAUUCCAAGAAACCUAAGGGAUCGCGCUUCAGUAAGAGACUAGCUGGUCAUGGCGUUCCAGUUGCAAUUCCAGAAAAGAUUGGUGCCAAGAACAGAUCGAGGCAGAGGCCUAAUGUAAACACUGCUGCUCUGGUGGUUCCUGAUUCAGAAGAGGAAAUUGAAACUUCCUCAAGGUGACUGAGUGAGUAUAUCAUCAUAUCAUAUCCAUAUCAAGAAGCAAAUCCUGCCUGCCUGCAUUUUCAGAUAUACUUACUAUUUAUAGAAGCAGCAACAGCAGUUCAGUUGUAGUUGUAUGCUUGUAUCCCACCUUUUGUAUUUUGUAUUGCACCUUUAACCUCUCCCUCAAAAUUUCCAGUGGAAUUUUGUGGCAUUGGACUAAAACUUGGCAGAAAUAUAACUGUA